AUGGAGUACUACAGCCACAUCCACCUUCCUGUUGGAGGGCGAGCAUCAGGGGCUCUCCACCUGGCUCAGAAGCCUCCAGGGCUCAGCCUGCUGCUGCUACCCUUGCUUCUGGUACAAGCUGGUGCCUGGGGGUUCCCAACAGGCCCCCUGAGCCUGCAGGAGCUGCGCAGGGAAUUCACAGUCAGCCUGUACCUUGCCAGGAAGCUGCUCUCUGAGGCUCAGGGCUGUGUCCACAGCUUUGCUGAAUCUCGAUUGCCAGGAGUGAGCUUGGACCUUCUGCCCCUGGGACACCAUCUCCCCAAUGUUUCCCUGACCUUCCAGGCAUGGCGUCAUCUGUCUGACCCAGAGAGGCUCUGCUUCCUUUCCACCACACUUCGGCCCUUCCCCGCCCUGCUAGGAGGGCUGGGGAGCCAAGGGACCUGGAGCAGCUCAGAGAGGGUGCAGCUGUGGGCCAUGAGGCUGGAUCUCCGGGACCUCCACAGGCACUUACGCUUCCAGGUGCUGGCUGCAGGAUUCAACUGCUCGGAGGAGGAGGAAGUGGAGGAGGAGGAGGAGGAGGAGGAGGGGAAGGAGCUGCUUCUAGGGGCUCUGGAUGGCCCCAAUCAGGUGUCAUCCCAGGUGUCCUGGCCCCAGCUGCUCUAUACCUACCAGCUCCUACAUUCCUUGGAGCUUGUCCUGUCUCGGGCUGUCCGGGACCUGACGUUGUUGACCUUGCCCCAGCACCCAGGCCCGGCUUGGGGUUCCUAAACUAAACUAAAAAGUUCCCUCCUGGAGGGACUUUUAAGCUCCCUUCCCACAUCCACUAAGACUCUAAGGCUGGGGUCUGGCCGACAGUGCAGGACAGUCUCUGGCCCAUUUGCCUUUGACCAGGCAGAGUUUCACUAGUCCCCAGCCCUGACCCAAUAACUUAAAAGCCCAACAGACCUCACC